CAUAAAAAAAAAACCUUUUACUGCUCACUGGGACCUGAAAGAUGUCAAUAAGCCUCUACUCACACGAGUGAACAGCAGAGAUGAAAGAAGAACUUUCUGUUUGCAGGAAAUGAAUGCAGACCGAGGAGGCAGGCAAGCUGAAACUGGCACAAAGCACUAGCGUGUAUACACACCCACCCACAUACAAUACAGACACACACACACACUGGCCCUGAGCAACAACUGUCAGAGCUGGAACGUCAAAGCGGUGGCAGCAAAAGACCGAUGCCGUCUAAGAUAUUAAGAGGAGUGAGCUUCUAAGAAAGGAAAAGAGAUUUGAAGACGGAGAAAAACAGGAGACGGAUCCUACAAAUUUAACUUGAACAAGAAGAGAAGGAAACAAAGGUGUGGGGAAGAUGGUGUUCCGAUCCUACCUCAGCAGGAGGGCCUUUCCUGAGCCUUGAUUCCAGCUUGAUUCCCUUAAAGGGUAAAUGGGUGAGACGGGUAAGAUGACGUCCUUACACAGUGUGGGCCUAGUGUUGGUGGAGUUUGAAUAUGAAUAUGAGGGCCGGGAUGGCCACAUGGUGUCCAUUAAACCCAACGAGCGCUACAUCCUCCUGGACAAAACAAACGAUCAUUGGUGGCAUGUGCGCAAAGAUGAACGAGCCAAGCCAUUUUACAUCCCUGCUAAUUAUGUAAAAGAGCUUCCACCCAACAUCCCUUCACCUCUGGACUUAAGAGAGCCUCCAGCCCCUGACGUGAGGCCUGCGGUGCCUGACCUCACAGAGAUACGCAAACCAGAUGAAGUGACAAUUAGACUUCGCUCAAAAGGGAAUUACAAGACAGAAAACCGCAUGUCGACAUUUGGUGUUCCUUUGGAUUUGCAUGAGCCCCCUUCUUACAAACAUGGCAGACCUUCAGAUUCUCUCCUCUCCCUGAACACGGGUUCUGCCUCAGAUUCUUCACAGCAGAAGAAGAGGAUGAGUCAAGCUACCAAUCUGCUGUUAGGCUCUCGCACUGCUCCAGCUGAAACAGUGCCUGAUAAGUUUAGAGUUCCCAGCUUCAGCCCAGCCGACCCCCUCCAUAGACCUACCCCUGCCAAACCUGUGGACCUCCCUAUCAUCAAGAACCUAAAUGAGACCAGGCCUCACAGGAACUCUCCAGAGCUGGAAUCCCCAAUAGAGCCUGAAAGUGAAAGUUCAAGUUCAGAACCACUGCCAUCACCAGACUCUGAGAAUAUUUAUGAAUCCAUUUCGGACCUGAAUCUAGACCUGUUGUCACUGACUGACAAAGCACCUGAUGGAUUGCCAAACCCUCAGACCAACUCUUCAUGCUCACCUCCAACAAUAAAGAUUGAGAAUGACCCCACCACUGCAGUGUAUGCAAACGUUACUGACCUGAAGAAGACCGUUCCGCGCUCUUCAAACUCCUCUGUCUCCACCUGCUCCUCACCGGGCAUCGCCCUCAGUCCCGGCCCAGACUCCGCCUGCUCGCCCAGCUCGGCCGGAUGGCAGGUCCAUACUGACCACGACAGCGGUAAGGAGUACUACUACCAGCCUUCCACAGGAGAGAGCAGUUGGUCUGAUCCCCGUAGCCCUAACCCAGGAGCUGGUAUGGAGUCUGUGACCUCCCCCAUGCCUGUGUCCUCCCCAUCCUCAGCUCACUCGCUGGGCUCUGACUGGGAGAAGAUUUUGGAUGAGACCACUGGGAGACAUUAUUAUUAUAAUCACGGUUCGAAGCAAACCUCUUGGACUGCCCCGGAGCCAUCGCCACCUCCGUCAUCCACGGACGUGGCACACAGUCAUGGCAAUGAGGCGGAUGAGCCGCCACCCCUUCCUGAUGAGGACUACCCAGCGAAUCAGCGUGAAGAUUCCCUUAUAUCACUUCAACUCCCUAAAGAUUUUCAUUUGCACCAAAUCAAGCAUGCCGUCAUCCCUAGGGCUGUUAUGGACACACGUAAAGAUGUCCAUCUGGGCUGGACUCACUCCGUAGGGGCCGAUGGGAAAACUGUCUACACAAAUGAACUCACUCAUGAACAGUGGUUCCAGUCUAUGGAUGACAAAGGGAAGUUGUUUUACUACUUAAAAGGGGGAUCUAAAUGUCAGUGGACCCUUCCAGAGGCUUCAGUCCCGUCCGGUCAGCCAAUGAAUGGAAACGGAAUAGACCAAGAUGCUCAACCUGUUUUGAACAACUGGAGAUUAACAAUGUUCCAGUUCAACAUGCCUCAGGAAGACCUGAAAUUUUCCCCCUCACACAGGCGGAUCGCCUCUGACAACGCCAGUGAUGCAUCCAGCACAGGGAAUUCACCAGAAUCACAGCAUUACGAUAAAAAGUUAAGACGGCGGAGAAACCUGUCCAGUCAAAGCACAGAUUCACAUUCUCAUCAUCAGUCAUCGCUGGAGAAGGCUGGGAUUCUCAACAAGACCAAAGUCGCUGAGAAUGGAAAGAGGCUGAGGAAGAAUUGGGCGCAGUCGUGGACCGUUCUCCAUGAUGGCAUACUCACUUUCCACAAAGACCCUAAAUUUACACCUGCUGGGAUGUCUACCAAGUCCAAUCAGAUUGUCCCAGAGUACACCGUGGAACUGAAAGGAGCAACUUUAUCAUGGGCAUCUAAAGAAAAGUCAAGCAAGAAGAAUGUUUUAGAGCUCAAGACACGUCAUGGCUCUGAGUAUCUGAUACAGUAUGACACAGACAGCAUCAUACAUGACUGGCACAAGAUCAUUUUGGACACGAUCAGACUGCUGCAUGACCAUGGCCAUUACUCAGAGGAUGAAGUGGAAGAGAUCCCAGACAAAUCUCCAUUGCUUGCAGACAAAGAGAAGAAGACUGAGUCAACACGACUGAGUUCAACAAAUAGCAUAGACACAGAACAGGGCCGUGUCCGUACCAAGCUACGCAAGUUCCUCCAGAGGCGUCCCACCUUACAGUCAGUCAAAGAGAAGGGCUACAUCAAAGAGAAUGUGUUUGGCUGCCACCUAGAUACCCUCUGUCAUCGGGAAAACACAACCGUGCCCAAGUUUAUGGAAAAAUGUAUCAGAACUAUUGAGAAAAGGGGUCUGAAAAUAGAUGGAAUCUACAGAGUGAGCGGGAACCUGGCUGUCAUCCAGAAGCUGCGAUUUAAAGCUGAUCAUGAAGAUGAUCUGGAUCUGGAGGACGGGCAGUGGGAAGAGAUCCAUGUGAUCACAGGAGCUUUGAAGCUUUUCCUACGUGAACUUCCUGAGCCUCUAUUCCCCUUCAGCUUUUUUGAUAGGUUCAUCGCAGCCAUUCAAAUGAGUGACUACAGCCAGAAAGUGUCGUAUAUACGAGAUCUGGUGAGAAACUUGCCUUUACCCAACCACGACACCAUGGAGGUUCUCUUCAAACAUCUCCGAAAAGUAAUUGACCAUGGUGAGCAGAACCGCAUGUCUGUCCAAAGUAUGGCCAUCGUGUUCGGCCCAACGUUGCUGAGACCGCAGGAGGAGUCCAACAUCACCAUGCACAUGGUCUUUCAGAACCAGAUUGUGGAGCUCAUACUCAACGAGUUCAAUGAGCUCUUCCAACCCAAAUGAAAUUACAAAAUGAACUAAUCAAAACGUCUCAACCAAUAAGUGCCCUGUGAAACAUCAAGAGGAUCUGCCUUGUUCUUGAAUGCAAUCUGUGUUUUUGGUACCGACCAAAAUCAAGAGAACAAAAAGCCAAAGGGACCAUCAGCCGAUAUGAUCAAACAGAUCUUAUAAAGAAAGGCUAAUUCUAAUUUGUCAAGGUUUUAUGUUUGAGAUGAGACCGUUGAAGAAUGAAAGAAAAGAAAGAAAAGUUCUCAGUAAGAAAUAACUUACAACAAUUGCUUUGAAGAUAUUAGACAAGCAGAGCAUUGUACUUGUUACUGAAUAAUAUACUGUAUAUUAUUGCUACUCAUCCAAAACAGUUCCUGUGGAACAACAGCAUUUUUGAAUUAGCUAAACAAACAAGGUUUUUCCUGUGAGAUUUCCAUGCAGAUGUUGAAUGAACAAGUAAACGGUAUGGACAUUUGCUUGAUUUGUAAUAUUUCUCUGAAAGAAGAUCUUGAUGAUGAAACCUGGGUUUUAAAGUGCUUGAUCACCAAUGUGGAGGAAGCUCUAGACCUAUGAACUGUAUUGCUAAGGAGACUGAGAAGAAACUGUAUACUGACUAACA